AUGGAUAAGGAGAGUUUAAAAAAUUAAUCAAAUUAUCAAACAUACUAAGUUUUAAACUCAUAGCAGAUAAAAAAAGGCUGUUUUGAGAUUGCAAUCAACAUUCAGUAAUCUCUACUGCUUAUGGCUUCGAGGUAUGAAAUAUAAAUAGCCUUCUUUAAAUUCGGAAAAUUUAAAUAAUUUUAAGUCAUCAAACAAGAAAAGUAGUUUUCUUCCAUACUAUAUUUUCAUAUACGAAAAUCAAACUUUAUUACAAAUGAUGGAGUUUCUUCAUUAAAAAUUUGGUCAUCAAAUUUAUUGGCCUCAAUAAAAUUUAUUUAGAAGUUAAGAGGCCAUAAAAGUUCAAUUAAUUGUUUACUUUUAAAUAGUGAAGAAGAUAUUGUCAUUACUGGAAGUAAUGACUAUACAAUUAGAUCAUGGAAAUAAAAAAAUGAAUAAUGGAGCUCUUCAUAAAUUAUUUUUUGCCAUAAUUCCUUUGUGUAUGGUUUAUCUAUAAAUAAAUAAGGAAAUAAAUUGAUAUCUUGUUCUCGUGAUUGUACUAUUGUUGUAAAUGAGUUUUCUAACUCUAAUUAAAUUUGGACGGUCUCAUAAAUUAUUUAAGUUGAUAAACUUGGUUAUAUUAUAGGUUUUAUUUGUGAUUCAGUAUUUGUCUAUUAACCAAUUAAAAUGAAUCUUACUCAAGCGGCAGAAUUAAAUUCAGUUGGAAAUGAUAGUUUAUAUAUUUAUUAGCUUGAUCAUGAAAAAAAAUAUAUAAAAAAGAAGUAAUUGCUAGUGUUUGGAGAUGGAGAGCUUUGUGAAAGCAAGUUUUCUUUUUAAUAUUGUUCAUCAAAUAAUCUCUUACUUAUUAAGAAUGGUUCAUAAAUUAAUCUAGUAAAAGUUAUAAAAAAUAAUAAAAUUGAUAAUGAAUGUUUAGAAGAUCUUUAUAAUUUUUAAUUAAAUUAGGUUAUUAGUUUCGAUCCCACUUAUUGUAAAGGAAAAAUAUAUGGAACAAUGAGCUCAGAUGGAUAAUAUAUAAUUAUUUCUAAUUAUUCGUAAAAAAUAAUAGAAAUAAGAGAAUAUAAAAAACAGGAUUGA